AUGGUAGAGGUGGCACAGUUUUACAUCAGCAAUUCAAACUCCAUUGAGGGUCCUGGGGAGGAGGAGAAAUAUAAGGAGGCAAAGGGCAAAAGGCGAGGAAAGUCAGCUGGAAGAGAGAUUCCUGCUGUUGGAUUUGCUCCUGAUCCCACAGCCGAACGCGAUCUCGACAAUGCCAGUCCUGCGACUAUUGACUUUUGCGGAAAAUUCAAGUGUCACUACUGCAUCUUCGUCUACUUAGCGUCUAAUGAAGUAGACGACGAGCUGUAUCCGUUCUUCCGCUCCGAAUGCGCCGAAAUGGUAAAAAACGCGGAGAUCUGUGACCUGGCACGGUGUCGCUUAUUGAGGUCUGAAGAGGUGCAAGGAUCGCUGAAGGAUCGUCGGUUGAAGGCUCUUGAGGCACAAACCCAGUGCUCCGUAAAGCUGGGCAAACUGCACGGGCGAAGAUCUAUCAUCAAGGGUCUGCCGCGGCGGCGUCUCACCAUCGCAGGGCCCUCCUUCAAUCACAUUUGUCAUGCGGUACAGAUGAUGGAACACAUGUUUCCGCGCCUUAUGCAAUAUGCUAUAUUCCCCUAUCGCUUUCCUGUUGAGAGCGAUCUACUAAAAUUCCAAUCAAACCGUACCUUUGACCAUCACUCACACGAGGCCGCUCUCCGAUUGCCUGGUGCUUCCAGUCUGACUUCACAAGUCGACGACCAUAGCAACUGGCGCAAGUUCAUUUGCCCAAAAUGA